AUGGCGACGGAAAAGGACCUCAUCACCUGCCACGUCCUCGACACCACCGCCGGCCGCCCGGCCGCCAACAUCAAGGUGCGCCUCGAAGGGCCCGAGAAGAUCAAUGGCCAAAAGACACAGUUGGACGCGCGCUGCCUCUACAAGGCCGUCACAGACACCGAUGGACGCGUCAAGCUCUGGCAGGGCGCGUUUGUCGAGGACACGUCGCUGGGGGAGACGCUCAAGGGCAUUCGGGGCACGUCGCAGUGGCGGCUGACGUUUGAGACGGAGGCGUACUUUGGUGAGGGCAAGACCUUCUUCCCGGAAGCCGUCGUCGUGUUUCGCGUCGACGAGGGCCAGCACUACCACGUGCCGCUGCUGCUGAGUCCGUUUACGUUUACGACGUACCGCGGAAGCUGA